AACGCAUGUAAACAAUAUGGCGGAUAGUCAAUAAUUUCUUACUGGACAAUAGCGUCGACAACAUUUCAACGUUAUUCUCUGUGUUUAUUAACAGAACUGUUGACCAUGCCUGGGGACCAGAAACUAUAUGGGCUUCAAGGCCCACAAAACAGCACCGUACUUAUGGAGAUCAUAACCAAGCUGAAACAAGACCUCCAGCACAGCCGUUCAGAGAACAGCAAGCUUGUUGAUCAGCUGAACUGUCUGAUCUCCUUAGUUAGAAGGGCCUGGAGUGGGGAACAAGGGGCAAUAAUGCAUCUAGCAAACAUUGUGGGUAUGGAGCCCCCAACAUUUGGUAUAAAUCCAGAUAUGAAUAGAAACACUCCCAUGCCAGAUAAGAGCAGGGCAGUGCUGAAUUGGGAACGGCUUUCAGUAAAACUACUUGAGAAGGACUAUAAGACGAUUCAAGAAGAUAUCAGGAUGAGACAAGAGUUACAUAUCCAAAAUCGGGAGCAGUACAUGAAUGAAGUGCUGGAGGACCACCAGCAAGAGAUGGGCAAGUUCAACCUUCGUAAGAAGAGUGCCACUAACAUAGAGGAAGUGGACAAGCAGUUUCUGAGAUGUUACAGUGCCAAGAGCAAGUCAGAGCGCCGGGUACAGUCCGCGAAAUCCCGCCCCCGUAGUGGGUUCAAAGGUCACCAGUCAAAGGUUGCAGAUAUGGCAGAUCGCGCAGGGGUACGCGUGGAAGACAUCUUGGGUCAACAACAACAACAACAAACUGGCAUGUUUGCGGAAGGGACGGAGGUCUUUCAAAGUUUGCACAAAAUGAAUGGACCAGAAAAACUGCUGUACAGACGAAAAGAGAGUUUUGCUGACCCAAACAGAUACAAACAAAGUAACCUGUUUGACCCGGAUGUCAUAUUCAGCCCUGAUAUGAUGGGGACUAAAGGGAGACCAUCCAGCGCCUCAAGUGUGGGAUCUAAGGUUCGGCCUACCUCGGCAUUUUUGAUAACAGAGGGGAAACCCGAGAGGCCCUUAAAGUAUGAAACAACUCGUCCUGUUUCUGGCAAAUCACGCCCUGCGAGCGGAAAACUUGGAGGGGCAGGAAAAAAUCGUAUAAAAUCUGCAUCUCUGAACCGAACAGCCCCAGCAACAUUUGUAAAGAAAAACCUUCACAGCAAGUCAGCCAAUCAGCAAGCAGACGACAAUUCCUUCUUAGCAGAGGCAGAUGUCAAUCAAAAUGGAAAUCAGAACUCUGAGAGGUCUGGAGUAACCUCCCCUGAUAAUGAUCAGGGUGAAGCGUCUCAGUACACUGAUCAGGCUGGCAGGCAUUCCGACGACUCUGAUGAGAACGUGGUUGAAAACAAGCCUCCAAUGGCAGUGAAAGUCAAGAAAGGUCAUGACAUGGACAAAUUUGUAAACGAGCUGAAGAUGAUGGCAGAAAUGGAGAAUGAUUUUAAGAAGUCAGUAAUUCAGUUUCAGAAGAAAUUAGGCCUGGAAACUGGUGGCUUUGUUUACUCUUGAUUUUGAGUAACAUACUUGUGUUGUUGUUUUUUAAAUACUAAUGAAUUGUUACUACUGGAUGUUUAUUGCUGUUAAAAGAAUGAGCAUGAUUUUUAUGCUCUGGUGCACCACUUUAUAGAAAACAGCAUCUUGUCACAAAAAUAUUUCAAGGGUGGAAUAUAAAAUGAUACCCCCCCCCCCUUUUCUAAUUGUUAAUCAAAAUUCUUCAAUUUAAAAUAAAUUUAAAACAGUUAACAAUAUUCAUUCAAUGUUGUUAUGAUCUUAUUAUAUUAUAAUUAGAAUUAAUGAAACUGUUAUAGGCCUUUGUUUUGGAUAUGUCAUGGUAUAGUACUAUUUUUAGUUAAAACAUAUUUCAUUUCACAAACAAACAUUGUAUACAUUUGCAUAGUAUACAAGUAUUCGGUAACAACUGAUUCACAUUGCUCCAAAAAAGAAUUCGAACGAAAGAUCAAGAUCUUACAGCGUUCUUCUUCAUUAAAGUACUAUUUUUAAUAGAGUAAUUGUUUAGUAUAAAGUCUUACACCAAACAAUUUGGCUUAUUUUCAUACAAUCCUUUCAAAUUGUGAAUUUAUGCAGUAUUACCUUAUUACUAUUGUACCACAUUUUGUAAAUCAAUGUUUUCUAUAGUCAUAAUCAUACAUGCCAUACGUCCCGGAUUGUCCGGGACAGUCCCGGAAAUGAAGAACUUGUCCCGCUGUCCCGGAAAUCUGUCAAAUGUCCCGGAAUUUACAAAAUCUAUAUGUACAUGCACCUUAUCUUAGGCUUAACUGAACCUCGAAUCUGUGUAUAUCUGCAGCGUCUCCAUGACAAUGCCUACCCGAAUAGGCAGACUGCGCUACGUUUCAAAAUCGAUCAAUUAACAGGGGUCCUGUUAUCAUAUCGAUUGUCUAACGUUCGUGGUCAAACCGAAAAGGCGGCAUUGUUUAAUGUGGUUGUUAAUUGACUUUAGUCUACUACGUCAUUAUUUCCCGCUGUGUAAGGGCAAAGGAUAGUUGUUCACACAUCUGAAGUCCAACAUCGCUGAGCAAAAAAUUAAAAGCAGUUUAUGUUCGCACGUUUAACCGACAAAGAAGUUGAGUAAAAAGUAAGCAUAUAAAAAAGUCAUCCUCACUAGGUUUUAAUCAAAUGUCUUUAUAACAAUAACGCAGUGACGUCACCAUCUAUGUUUAGAACGCUUACACUGAAAACACGUGGCUUGUAUCUAGUAACGGAAGUAUUAAUGUUUAAUUUGACGUUAAUAGAUCAAGUGUAUUUCGGAUAGGCUUUCGAACUUCUGCAAUUAAUGAUGCGAAACAAAAAAAACGCACCAACAAUGCAUAUGUCUAUAAAUAUCGCUACAUUUUAUACAUGUCCCGGAAAAUCGGAAAA